UUUGUUUGAAUUCAAAACUCCAAACUGCACACUGGUACCGGUCAGCCAUUACCGUCUCAUUUCUUUGUCCAGGUGUAGGUGAUUUAACACGUUUUGUGUAAACCUCAGCCAGUCAGCGCGAGGAAAUAUACCAAGAAGACGGACCUAUAGCAAUAAUAAUUCGAUUGAUUCAAUACCAACAACAUGGCCGACGAGUCUCAAACUGCGGAUACUUUGACUGAGAAAGCGACUGAAAUUUUGACGAACUUUGUGAAUGAAACAGUCGGGGAACAAAAUGUUACAAAGAAAGAACCUUCGACACCGGAAGGACAAGCUGUUGCAUAUAUCAGUCUGGUACUGAUGGCGUGUCUUCCAAUAUUCUAUGGGUCUCUACGAUCAGUGAAGUACCAGGACAAACAGAAAGCAAGUGGUGAACAACCAGAAACGAUAACUCGAAGUGAUGCUGCACGUUUUCCAAUCGUCGCCAGUGCAAUGCUGUUUGGAAUUUAUAUAUUUUUUAAGAUAUUUUCUCAAGAAUAUAUCAACAUUGUUGUCGGAGUUUAUUUUCUGGUUCUUGGAGUGUUCGCAACAGUUCAUGUUCUUGGUCCGUACAUCUCAUCCUGGAUUCCGGCAUCAUUCCCAAAUGUUCCGUAUCAUCUUAUUCUAACAGAAGGAGAGGAUGAAAGCAAGUCUGAAAUGAUGAAUUACAAGUUUGAUCGAAAGGAUGUUGUUGGACUAGCAAUCUGUCUUGCAAUAUCUGUUUGGUAUACUUUGCAAAAGCAUUGGAUUGCCAACAAUGUACUUGGACUCGCAUUUGCUCUGAACGGAGUCGAGCUGUUGCAGUUGAACAGCAUUGGGACCGGAUGCAUUCUCUUGUCAGGUCUAUUCUUCUACGACAUAUUCUGGGUGUUUGGCACAAAUGUCAUGAUCACUGUUGCAAAGAAUUUCAACGCACCAAUCAAAGUCGUUUUCCCACAAGAUUUCUUGAGUCGUGGAAUAUUUGGUGAAAACUUUGCAAUGCUGGGUCUUGGAGAUAUCGUUAUUCCUGGAAUUUUUAUCGCUCUUUUGCUGAGAUUUGACAUCAGUUUGAAACGAAACAAGAAAACUUAUUUCUAUUCCGGAUUCAUUGCUUACUUUCUCGGGCUUGUUGCUACGAUUGUUGUCAUGACAGUCUUCCAACACCCCCAACCAGCAUUGUUGUAUCUCGUACCGGCUUGCCUCGGAGUGCCGCUAGCAACUGCUCUUUUCAACGGAGACUUAGAAGCCAUGUGGAAGUAUUCUGAUGAACCAGAGACUCCUAAGGAAGAGGAAUCCAGUGAAGAUGUAAAGAAGAAGAAUUAAACAACGCUGGGUGAUUCUUGGUGAACUUGCGCGGUGAAUGGACAACAGAAAUCAUUUAUGUAUGCAUAAACGAGCAUGGCCCUAUGAUAGAGAACAGUCCAAGUGUUCAAGAGCCUCCAUUUUUUAUUUCCUUGUGGUGACAGUAGAGUGCCAUCAAAAUAUUAUAUUUUUUACAUUCCUGUUCGCAGAAUUCUGAUUUAACUAAUGUUUCAUGGAGUCUCUCUAAAUGAAGCUUGAGACAAGCCGUUACCAUUGUAUUUAUGGUCUUGUGUCCGUGGUCUAUUUUUAGUUUCUUGCCCAAGACAAGGCUCUUUGCAAGCAUCCUUUUGAAAUAUCAUUUUAGUUUAUUUUUCUAGCCAGUAAAGAAUCUGCGUACAAUAUUAUAAGAGAAGUGUGAAUACACAGUUUUGCUGGGGAACUAAAGCCACUUAUUAAGCAGUGACACGCAAAGUUUAGUUCACUGAGCUAAACUUUCUUUCUGUGUGAAGUCAUAAAACCACCAGACCAUCGCAUCCACAAAUUACUAUGAGAAUCGAUUCUGGAAAAUCACUGGAAAUAUGAAAUAUAAAUUUAUAGAUGCUGUUGUGAUUGUGAUGCUGAUUUUGUAUUGUAAUUCCUCUCUCGAAACAAAAGUCUCAAAAAGCAAGUUUUGAAUGAAAAUUUGCGGAAUCCCUCAACUGUACUGGCAGAGCUUUGGUUGAAAACCACAAGGGUGGAUCUUGGACCACUUCUUUCUCUCUUGAACGCUUGUGCUCUAUCUGUUGUUCUUGUUCGGCCAUAGAUAUUUUUGAUCUUUCAUUCCAGACCAGGCUGCAGAGAAUUAUUUUAUUGCAGUAGAAAAAUGUGAAUAUUUUAUUAUGUGGUGAACAUUUUUAUUUUUUGUGUCAAAUGGGAACACUACUACUACAUAGAUAGAAACCGAAAUUUUUUUUCAUUACCGAAAUUUUAAGUUAAGUGUGUUAAAUUGUUGUGUAAAAGAAUAUUGAAAAGUAAAAAAGCAUAAACACUGAUUUGAGAGCUGACUUCAUAACAAAAUCAUAGAAUUGGAAUCGUGUGUGAACCUUAUGCAUUUGAAUUAUUUUUAUUUGUCUGGAAUAUGUUGGGUUCAGAAUCCCAGGAAAAGAUUUUUCGUUAUUUUAAAUUGUGCUGCUAAGUACACAAACAGCAUGUCUAGAGAUCGGUGGUUGAAGACCAGAUAUAAUCCUGUAAAAUUGCUCAACUCAGAUCUGGUUAGUCAUAGUUUUUGUAAUAGAUAAUGAAACCACUUGUGGCUACUUUUAAGGCUCCCAUUACAUUUGAACCCACGUACAUUUGAACCCACGACAAUUGCACCUGCAUACUACUGCACCUAUGGAUUUUUUUGUUUCACGGAUAUUUGAACCCAAACUUACCCUAACCCAUGGGUUUUAGCACCCGCAUAUAAAUCGAACCCGCGGAUAUACACAUGGGUUCGAAUGUACGUGGGUUUAAAUUACGGUAACCGCUUUUGAGAGCUCUUUUUGAGUAAAAAAGCGUUGUAUAAAAAUAUCUUCAGAGUUUGGCGAGCUGAAAAGGGCUUUUGAAUUUUCUUGAUUCUUUUAAAAGUUGAGCCCUAUUUGUAUCAUCGGCUACUUGUUUGGUGUCGUGUUCAUUUCAAAAGCUUUAAAUAACUUGACAAAUCGAUUUAAUUACUCCCUACUAUGCUGGGGGAACCCCCUCACCUUAUAAAAAGCAUUAUCUAUUCUAUUUCCCAAUACUUCUCUCACCUUGAUGCUGGAGACCCGUUUGUCCUCCCUGUAAAUUUAAUUUCUGCAUUGUGCUUUUUCCCGACAGUAUAGUGUUAUUUGUAUUGCAACCAUAAGGCCUAUACCAGGGCUACUCAACUGGCGGACCGCGGUCCGAAUCCAUACCUUUCGACCAUUAAAUUUGGACCGCGUGUGCUUGUUUAUUUUGGCAGCAUAAGCAUCGUUUGGUGGUUUUAGAUGAUUUUGAUACAAUUUACAUACACAGCUAUACAGUUUGUCGUGCUAGUAUCGAUGUGUGCGACAUUUGUGUCCAUGUUUGUGACCAAUUCAUUGCUCUUGUAUUGAAUUUAAUAUUGAAGUUUCGUUUAUUCAAUGAAACUAAUUUUCUGAAAAGUGCAAACCCCAGUGAUUUUUAAGUUUUCUAAACGGACCUUUGGUGAAAAUAGUUGAGGAGUCCUGGCCUAUACUAUCAGAAAUAUUUGUCUCAGAAUUCAGUAUUUUUGACUUUAGGUGAUAAAAUAUAGAACAUUGUUUUUUGUUUAACGGUUACUUUGGAUAGUCAUUGUUCCAUUCCAGUGUUUGCUCAUAAUUCUCUUUAAUACUUCAACAUAAAAAUAUUUAUUGCAUCAAAUCCGAUAAUUUGGUAAAGACAUGGAAAACGUUUUCUUAUCAACUUGAGACAUGAGAUUUUUUCCUAUAUUUAACAAAGUUGAUAGAUAGUAGUCAUAACAACCCCAGUGUUUUUUUGCGAUUUUAUUAUCAGACAUUGUUAGUACUUGUUACUUUUUUUCCCACAAUCUACAGUAGACUAUUUGUCUGCUUUUUGAAUUGGAUAUUUUUGUUUAUAUUCAGAUGUUCAUUUAGUAUAAUUAUCAUGAACUGCAAAAUUCGUUAUGGGUUGCAAUUUGCAAAGAUGUUGUUGCCAUGUUUGCAAGUGAAUGUAUUGUCCAUUGUAUUUAUACUUGAAUGGUUCAUCCAACUAGCACAUAUCAUCUGUGUCGAUUGCCACGGCUCGUCAACUAUAAAUAUGUAAUGUAAGUUGGUAUGACAAGUUAUGUAUAAUAACCAUGACCCAUUAUUUCCGAUCAAUCUAAUGUUUGGUGACUAUAUGGGGGGAUUGGGGGUGAGUUAUGUUGAAAUUUGCAUUAACUGACGUUGUAGCCUAAAAACGUGCUGAGUUGAAUUUAAAAAACCAAUAUAUAUUGUAUAUAUAUA